UUGAAACAGGGGCAGUUUGAAACAAACACCAAUAUUAAAGCAAUGAAGGCUGCCGAAGGAAAUGUGAGUGUGCACAAUCUUCUAUUUUCAUGAUCUUACUGAUUUGCGAUCGACACGCUCGUCAACGGCGCACUUUGGUGCCCUUGAAAACAAGGUGAAACUUCGGUAACAUUGAAAUUGGUCGAAACCUAAUUUUCUAUGUCACGGGAGUUUCCGUCUGGGUUUCGCUAGUAAGCGAUCAUCCCCCGCGCUUUUAAUUCAUCUUUUAGUACCAUAUUAGGCAAGCGUAACGCACCCUCGGACACUGACGUAGCCCUCACCAAGUCCCGCGGGGAGCAGCACAACUGGAAUGGUACCCUCUGGGGUAGUUUGAAACAGAAGUGGAUGGGGCAGUUAGAAACACAGCAAUAUCACAAGCAAAAACGUUUUACACAAGCCCUUCGGUGCAGAUGGAGUGCUCGGUGUGCCUCGAGGCCUUCGACCGGGAAGUGCGCCGCCCCAAGGCGCUGCCCUGCGGACAUUCGUUCUGCUUGCGCUGCCUGCAGAACCCGGACUUCGGCCACCACUGCCCGCAAGACCGCAGGGCCUUCAGGAACGAGCCAAUUGUGAACCUGCCCGACAACUUCAACGUGCUCAGCAUGCUCGGGGACGGGGCAGCAAGGGAUGAGGCAGUGUGGUGCGAGGCGUGCGACCGCCAGUUCAGCGGCGACUGCGCGGACGCCGGCCACAGGCCAUGCAGCGUGCGCCGGAGACGCGCCCUGCAGGACCAGCGAGGACCCGACGUACAGCAAGGACUUCAGGACCUGCGCCGUGAGCUUCAAGAGUUGCGUCAACAGUAUGGUGUGCCCCAUUCGUUGAUUAACGGUCAAAUACGGCUCCGAUCCACCCUGCAGGUCGAGGACCAGCAGCGCGGCGCCGCACCCCCACGCCUGCACCUGGACGUGCAGGAGAUGAGCGUGGAGGAGGGAAUGUUGAAGGAGAGAAAUGACCUGCUAUUGAGUGGCCGUUUGGACCAGGUGAGUUUUCACCGAGAUUGAGAGGGAGAACGGUAGGAAAUAAGUUGACUUACCUUCAAAGUGAGUUUUAAUAUUCCUACCGUGCCUUAGCGUGGUUUGUACAUGAAAUUACUACACCUCUUUUUUUACGUUCCAAAUUUCAUCGGAA